CGACGGGGUUGAUCAGUACGUCGACAUCCAGCGGAUUGCUCUCAUCUCGUUCUCUCCUCCUCGACAGUUGCCUAACCCCUCCCCACAGACUUUAUUUACCCGCGUCGUGUGUUGCUUGUGUGUGUGUGUGUGUGCCAUGCUCCGGCUGUGUUUCAACUGGCACUAAAGGAAUUUUUUUAUUUUUUGGGCGCACCUUAUGGCGAUGGCCCUCAUCCAGUUUUGUUGCUGUUGGAGUACGCUCCGCAGCGGAUGCUACGCCAGCGCUUUGUACACAAUGAUCUAUUUCACGGUAACGAUCACGAUGGUCACAAUCUUUGGAGUGGCCGAAGGAGAUCCGGAAUCGGCCGGAUACGGAGAACUUCCGUCAAGCACUUCGCCCACAACAGAUCCAGUGGAGGACCUUGAAACGCUGAAAAUCCUGAAUAUUUGCGUCGUGACAUUGUCUGCCUUGGGAUUGGUUUCGACUUUCUUCCUUUUUUACGGGCUGGCCAAGAACCGUAGUCCGUUCCUUCUGCCGUGGGUCGUGAUCGUGUCGUGUACGACAGCUGUCGACCUGAUAUACGCUAUUUACCUGCUCAUUCACAUGGAAUCUCUCAAUCCCAUUUCCGCCAUGAUAUUCACCAGUGAUUUUGUGUUAGUCAUCGUUAAUGUCUACUGUAUCCUGUGCGUAAUUUCCCAGUUUCAGGAAUUGAACCGGAAUCCAUCCUUAGAAGGGCAAAUCGAGGGCUUGGCGGUGACGGGCGAUUUCGAAACCAAUCAUUCGAAUAAUCAACCGCCGAUGGAAGAGAUUAAACUGAGUGAAGUUGUCGCGGGAGCCGAUCUACGCCAAUGCCGUCCUCAAUUAGACGCCGUUUGCGCCGAGAAUCUGUGGAUCGGCUGUCAACAUCCGGAUAACCCACAACAACAACAACAACGUAUGCCACCGCAGGCGCGGCCAGACAUUUGGCUCGACACAGAUGACGCCAAUCAACAACAGCAGCCAGACAAUUCACAGCAGCGACGCGUGACUUUCAAAUGUCGACCGACAGUCAGCAGUUCCUAGUCCAUGAAGUGGCCAAUCCCAACUUGAUCUUGUGGCUUUUUUCCCCAUCUAUUCUUCAAUUUUCCCCCGCAUCUGACCCUGCUAUAACAUCGGCGCCUUUCGGGGGGGAGAGUGACAAACUUUUUAACUAGCCCGAUGUGUGUGUGUUUGUGUUUCUAUAUCAAAGAAAGUUAUAGACUCUGCAGUCUCAUGGAGAAAACUUUGUGCGAGAGCGUACUGCGCUGGGUGUGUGUUCGUGAAAGGAUAAUAAGGCCUUUCAUCUUGCACGGGAUCUCGACAUCUUCCUUAUAAAUAUGAAGGUUGUGACACACAGGAGGGCCAACCCAAAAUGAGCCUCCACCCUACAAGAUAUGUAGUUUUCUCUCUCCCGCGUUGCUUUCGGUCUCUAUUAGAGCGUGAUGAUGUUAAAAAAACAACAAAAGUGAAUGCUUCAUAAUUUAUUGUAGUGCAAGUUUGUUCAAGAAAAGAUUCGUUCGACGUCACACAAACUUUGGGUGCCUUGUUAUUAGCUCGUAUGAGUGUGAACGGUGUGGAGACCAGGUUUCCUUGUCACGACCAAUUAUCUUCCAUCCCACCAGAUUCUUUUCUUGUUUCAUUUGCUAAGCGUUCAUAUGCGUGAAAAGGAAAACCAAGUUUAACGCUGUGGAAUAAGCCCUAUCCUUUUUCGCUGAUACUCUGGAAAACAACUCACGUGAAAGCUUGAGGAGUUCGUCUGUGCGGAAUAAUGUCGAAACAACAUCAACCGAAAGCCGAGCGCUCACGACCUAGACCUGAAUAAUUCAAACCGCAAAGAGCAGCAGUAACAACAACAGACAAACUUACCACUCCAUUUGGAGAUGUAUCCAAUACUACGGAGGAGGAGAGCUCGAUCCAUCGGUAGAAAAAAGCGUUUCUCUAUCCUUUUUAAAAACAUAUAGAUGAUGAUAUUUCCACGAGAAAGAAAAAGAAAUUCACCGCUGUGAUUAAAUCUAUCCUGUUUUUUUCGCUCCCCUUUUUUGGAAAUGAAAUUUAAUACAACCCUUCCCCAUCUGCGCAUGAUAUAUAAAAACAAAUGUGUUUCAUCUUCAUGAAAGAAUAAUGUGCUACUCUCUCUCAUGUAAAAGAAUCAAAACAGAGGGAAAACCCUUUUUUCCUUUUUUUCAAAUCCACACAUUAUUUUGAUCCCGGCUGCCGCCAUGUUCUUUUUUGUGUGUUUUAUAUGGAAUAAUCUAAUUUACCGUUGCACAGGCGGAGGCACUUUUUGGUUGCAACAACA